ACAAAUGUAAGAAAAUGUCAAGGGACCAUUGCCUCUAUACUUGACACUAUAUGAAAAUAUUAAAAGGGUCUAUUCUGAAGGGCUAAUCACAAUAAGUUCCAAUGGAUGCAGCUGAGAAGCUGGCGGAGGCUGCUCGCGUGGGUAAUAUUGAUGUGUUAUAUGAGCUUCUAUGUUCAGAUCAAUUUCUACUGGAGAGAUUUGAACAGGUACAAUUUAUCGAUACGCCUCUGCAUAUAGCAGCCUCAGAAGGUUGUACACACUUUGCUAUUGAAAUAAUGAGCUUAAAACCUUCAUUUUGUGGGAGACUCAACACCAAUGGAUUUAGCCCCCUUGACUUGGCUUUGCGCAACGGACACAGGGAGACUGUGUCAAGGCUGGUUCAAUUUAACCCCGACCUUAUCCGAGUGCAAGGAAAGGAAAGAAUUACACCUUUGCAUUAUGUUGCAGAAACAGAUGACAUAGAAUUUUUGGCCGAAUUUUUACUAGCUUGUCCUGCAUCUAUCGAGGACUUGACCAUUCGCGAUGAAACUGCAGUUCAUAUUGCUGUGAAAAAUAGCAAUGAAAGAGCAUUCAAAGUCCUCUUAGGAUGGCUUCAGCGGACUGAAAAUUUGGAUAUUUUGGACUGGAAAGAUGAGACUGGAAAUACAGUUCUGCAUAUUGCAGCUUCUACAAAUCAACCUCAGGUGGUUAGACGUUUGAUCAAAAGAGUUUACACACUUAAUGAAGUUAACGCAGAAGGCUUGACAGCAUUCGAUAUUGCCCUAAGACUACCAAUGGAUUCGAGCAGAGAAGUUAAGAAAGUUUUGCAAAAGGCCGGAGUUUGCAGAUCUUCAUUACUUCCCUCAGUUUGUAGCAAGGCGCAAUUUUUCAGUUCAAAAGAAUACAUGUCUCAGAAAAUAGUAAAGCUCCACGCUUUUCUACAUAAGGGUUUAUCAGAAGACACGCGCAACGUGCUUCUAGUGGUUGCAGUGCUAAUUGCCACAGCUUCUUAUCAAGCUGUAUUGAGUCCUCCAGGAGGACUUUAUUCCAAUGAUAAUGGAAAAUUACAAGGUGGUUUAAGCAAUGGACAAGUACAAAUGCCGACUAAUUAUCUGAAUUUGUUCCUUAUUUUCAACUCUUUGGCCUUUGCUUUGUCUGUUGGAAUGAUGGUUUUAUUCAUUCAGGAGAGUUUGGGUGGCGCGCUGCUAGAUUUGGCGCUGCUGUUUCUGAUGCUGAGCUAUUUCAUAUCCAUGUUUUCAAUAUCAGGGAAUACGGAAACUGGUUUAAUGAGUGCAGGUGGCGCGUUAGCUAUUAUUUCUUCGCUUUUCUUGUUUUUCUUAAUAAUAAUGCCAAAGAUGUGGGUGGAUGCGCCAGGUAUGAUGCUACUCGAUUGUUUGACACGCCGGGAAACUGUUUCUGAUCGAAUGCAGUAUCGUCUGGUGGCUAAGAAGUAUUCAUCAUUAGUUGGUCACAAGUGUAAAGGGAUUCAUUGUAAUGAUAAUAUUGGAAUUUUGCACAAUCUUGCUUUUUUUAGCGAAUGAUGUUGUAUGAGAUGGAAGUCCUACAUUAAUAGUAUCAUGUCUUUUUUCAACAAGG